GUUUUCAAUUUCCCUUUUCUCUAUCUUUAGCCAUCAAGGGAUCAAGGGGGAAGAUUGAUUCGGGCACGGUAAAUGUUGAGCGGAACGAUUUUAUUCAAAGAUGGGGGUGGAGAUAGGGAAUGGAAGGGUGGCCCUGGAGAUUGGAUUUGAUUCUGUUAGCCGGCCGUGGAGAGCAACCAAGUUGGUGGAUAGACAAGGGAAAGGAAAUGGCCGGAAAAAGAAAAGAGGAGAAUGAAUCCGGCAGCUUGCCGGGCAACUCAGGGUCACCGUCCAAUCAGCUCAAUGGCUUGGAGACCAGAAGAUGGGUGAAAUUCCAAGCAUACAGCUUUUGGACUCUAGGCUGCCAACAAGAAGGUAAAAUACUCUCAUAUCUCCUUAUUCCUACUAUGACUGGGAAAAAGGGAUUAGAAGGGUGACUAGAUGUGUAUUGAAUGUGAAAUUUGGAGUUCUUUUUUUUUUUUUUUUUAAUUCUGCGAAUGAACGGAGGUGUGAUUUUGGGGGUUGAAAGGAAGUUUAGUUUUUUGUUUUGACUGUGAUUUGAACAAAGAAUGUUUCUGUGAGUGAUGCGAACUGCGUGUGGAAGAUGGAAGCUUUGAAAAAUAAGUCUGGCUUUUGAGCUUUUUAUGAGUUUUGAAAGAAGCUUUUUUGUUUCCGCCAACAAUUUGGAGCAAAGGAUUUAGUUGGCGGCUGGGAGUGUGUUGUGCUACUGAUCAUGAUAAUUGACUGUGAUGCAAUGAAAAUGAAAGUAUGCAAUAUUG